AUGGCAACACAUGAAUCUGACGACCUUGCCUCGACGACGGCUAGCAACGAGCUAGAGCCUGGCUUAAUCGCACCACUCGAGCCGGACUCUAACAUCGACACCGGCUCCGACUUCGACGAUGGCGACUCGGCUAUCGAGAGCGUAAGUCAGGCGCGUGAGAUGACUUUGGCCAGCUCGACGGCAUCCAUCAGGGACGAGUUGAUCAAAGAAGUCAAGGAGCAUGGUCGCUCAUACUCAGGAUAUAUGGAAGCCACCGACGCCCACCCUGAGACCGAAGUCCUCGGUGUCGACCUCGCUCCCGUCCAACCCCACAACGUCCCCCCAAACCUUAACUUCGAGAUCGACGACCUAGAACAAGACUGGACCUUCUCGCGCAAAUUCAAUUACAUCCAUUCCCAGAUGAUGAUCGGCGCCUUCUCCGACUGGCCCCGGUAUAUCUCCCAAUGCUUCAACUUCCUCGAAACAGACGGCUACCUCGAAGUCCACGACAUUGACCUCGUCAUCAAAUGCGACGACGGCUCGCUGCCCACAAACUCCGCCCUCGUUCGCUGGCAUAACUAUAUGCACGACGGCGCCUCCAAAGCCGGUUUCCCACUCGACCGCAUCUCCUACGUGCCGGAAAUGAUGCGCAAAGCCGGCUUCGUGGACAUUGUCUCUGUGCCGCACAAGUGGCCGAUUAAUACUUGGCCCAAGGACAAGAAGUUCAAGGAGUUGGGCAAGUGGGUUAGUUUUUGCGGCGGCAUUGAGGGCGGAUUUGAGGAAUAG